AUGCAGUCCUUCAGACGCUCUACGCUCUCUGCGUUGCAGAAUGCCUCCCGUGUCCAGCGACGCGGAUUCGCAGGCCUCACAGGCUAUGCCUCGACAGUAAAGAACCUCCGCAUCAACGCAGACACCAAGGUCAUUUUCCAAGGCUUCACCGGAAAGCAGGGAACCUUCCAUGCCCAACAAGCAAUCGACUACGGAACCAAUGUUGUCGGUGGCACAAACCCCAAGAAGGCCGGAGAGACUCACCUCGGCAAGCCCGUCUUUGCGAGCGUCGAAGAGGCCGUCAAGGAGACCGGUGCCACUGCUUCCGCCAUCUUCGUUCCACCAUCCGUGGCUGCUAAGAGUAUCGAGGAGUCUAUUGCCGCUGAGGUACCUCUCGUCGUCUGUAUCACUGAAGGAAUUCCUCAGCAUGAUAUGGUCCGCAUCACCGAUAUGCUAAAAUCCCAGAACAAGACCCGUCUCGUUGGACCUAACUGCCCUGGAAUAAUCGCUCCCGGACAAUGCAAAAUCGGUAUCAUGCCCGGCUUCAUCCACAAGAGAGGCCGUAUCGGUAUCGUUUCCCGAUCCGGUACCCUCACCUACGAAGCCGUCAACCAGACCACCCAAGCCGGCCUUGGCCAAUCUCUCGUUGUCGGUAUCGGCGGUGACCCCUUCUCUGGAACCAACUUCAUUGACUGCCUCCGCGUCUUCCUUGAGGAUGAGGAGACCGACGGAAUCAUCAUGAUCGGUGAAAUCGGUGGUAGUGCCGAGGAAGAUGCAGCCGCUUUCCUCAAGAGCGAGAACAAGGCCAACAAGCCUGCCGUCAGCUUCAUUGCUGGUAUCAGUGCUCCUCCAGGCCGACGAAUGGGCCACGCCGGUGCUAUUGUCAGCGGAGGCAAGGGAGGCGCCGACUCUAAGAUUGCUGCUCUCCAAGAUGCCGGCGUCAUUGUCGAGCGAAGCCCUGCUUCCCUCGGAAAGACUCUCCUGGCUGAGUUUGUCAAGAGAGACCUCGUCUAA